AGACUGUAUCUGUCCAAAGGCCGACUUCAGUCCUUAGAUUUCCUCAUAGGAGCAAACCUCAGCAGAGUCACUUUCUUGCAGGUGAGAAAGAACAACAUAACAGUAGUCAAUGAGACAAUAAGUUGCGUUCUUUCCCUGCCUUGACAUACCUGGACAUGCAAGAUAAUCAUUUUACCUGUGGCUGCAGCAAUGCUUGGUCUGUCCAGUGGAUGGAGAACGACAAGCAAACACAGGUUGUUGGCUGCACAGAGUUUACCUACAACUAUCCUGCCGAGCUAAAGGGCACCAAGCUGUUGGAUGUUGAGCUUCAGUUCUGUACGGUACACUUAGGACUUUACUACUACAUCUCUUCCACUUCUCUGGUCCUCCUCACCCUGCUAGCAUCCUUUGCCUACCACUUCCUGAAAUGGCAGGUAAUAGACGGCUAUUACCUGUUCUUGGCUUUCCUCCAUGACACCAAGCAAAGGAAUAAGCACAAGCCUCGUGGAUGUCAGUAUGAUAUCUUAAUCUCCUACAACGUCUACGAUGAGCCCUGGGUCCUGAAGGAGCUUCUGCCAGAGCUGGAGGUAGAGCAGGGCUGGAAACUGUGUCUCCACCACCGGGACUUCCAACCAGGCAAACCAAUCAUAGACAACAUUAUGGAUGCCAUCUACGGAAGCCGCAAGACCAUCUGUGUGAUCAGCCACCGCUACCUGAAGAGUGAGUGGUGCUCCCGGGAGAUCAUGUUGAUCUGAAACAACCAUCACAUUCUGAACCUUUUCUCUACA